AUGAAAUUCGAGGAGUAUAUUCCUGCCAUGACGGCUGUCACGGAUCCGAGGGAUGGUAGGAGAGUAGCCUUAAAAAAACUGCCGAACGUCUUUCAAAGUCUCGUGAGCAGCAAGCGAGUCUUCAGGGAGUUGAAAAUGCUUUGCUUCUUCAAACACGAUAACGUCCUUUCUGCGCUGGAUAUCCUUCAGCCGCCGCAUCUGGACUUCUUCCAAGAGAUAUACGUGAUCACCGAGCUGCUCCAGAGCGACUUGCACAAAAUCAUCGUGAGCCCACAGCAUCUCAGCCCGGACCACAUCAAGGUCUUCCUUUAUCAGAUCCUACGAGGCCUCAAGUACCUUCACUCGGCCCGAAUUCUCCACAGGGACAUUAAACCCGGGAACCUCUUAGUGAACAGCAAUUGCGUGCUAAAAAUCUGUGAUUUCGGGUUGGCCCGGGUGGCGGAACCCGACCAGAACGUCCACAUGACCCAGGAAGUGGUGACACAGUAUUAUCGCGCGCCGGAAAUCCUGAUGGGCGCGCGGCACUACACCGCCGCGGUGGACGUGUGGAGCGUCGGCUGCAUCUUCGGCGAGCUCCUACGCCGGCGGAUCCUCUUCCAGGCCCAAAGCCCCGUGCAACAGCUCGAGUUAAUCACGGAGCUGCUGGGUUCGCCCACUCUCGAGGAGAUGAGGUAUGCGUGCGAGGGCGCGAAGUCUCACAUGCUGAGAAGGGCGCAGAAGCCGCCGUCGCUCGCGACCCUGUAUAAUCUUAGCAGCCAGGCGACGCACGAGGCCGUCCACUUGCUCUGCCAGAUGCUAGUCUUCGAUCCUGACAAGAGGAUCACUGUGGUGGACGCCCUGGCGCAUCCUUAUCUGGACGAGGGUCGGCUUCGAUAUCAUUCGUGCAUGUGCACAUGCUGUUACACGACGAGCGCCGGCAUGAGACAGUACAGGGUGGAUUUCGAGCCAUCGGCCGCCCAUCCGUUCGACGAUCUCUGGGAGCGAAAGCUCACGAGCGUGCAGCAAGUGAAAGAGGAGAUGCACAAAUUUAUAGCGGAGCAGCUGAACACGUCGCGAGUGCCGCUCUGUAUAAAUCCGCAAUCCGCGGCGUUCAAGAGCUUCGCGAGCUCCACGGUGGCUCACCCCUCGGAAUUGCCACCCUCUCCACACCAGUGGGAAUAAAAAGUCUUCCCCCCGUGCCCGUCCCCGAGAUAGGACCGUCGGACUCGAGUCGGUGACGACGACUCCGUGUCGCGCCCCCCGCGAAGAAAGGAGGAUCUUCGCCAAUCGGAAGAUAGUAAAUCACCGAUAACAAGAAGAACGAAGAGGAGGGAGAGGAAGAAUGGAAAACGGGGAACUGGAAGCUGCGGAGAGAAGAGCCAAGAGAGACAAUAGACUGCCGCACACUGUAGCCUCAAUUUUCGAUUAGCUGAUACGUAUAUAUGCAUGGGACAUCGUGUAGGAAUGCGUAGAAAAAUGCGUAGGAAGUUUCGACUUUCGAAGAAUUUAUAUUCUUCGAUUUAUACCAGAAAUGCAAUUUUCAUAUUGACGUUAGAAAUUAUUCUAAUGACUUGUACCAUUUUUUUUAAGUUGAAAAUAUUUUUCGCAAUUGCUAAAUUGUUGUAAGUGUUAAAUGAAUACGUGAAUGAGUAUUUCCGACUUUCGUGUAAGAACAUAUUUCGAGAAACUUAAGAGAAGAUGGUCUUUCAGAUUUCCUCACAUUCUUCAAGAAUUGGAAGGUCUUUCAAUUUUUCCCUAGAGAUAUACGCCUCAAGGAAAUAGAAGAUUUCUUCCAUUUUCUUUUGAAAAUACAUUUUUGGCUACUCUUUUUCGGAUCUUCCUUUAACGAGCUAUCUCUCCGGAACUCUCAAUCAUAAUUUAAUCAAAAUCAAAAUAUUUAACAAAGUAAACAAUAAUUCUGUUUCGAUAUUUUAACUGAGAUUUAAUUUAUAUCUUAAAAAUUUUUUGAUAGAUUACUAAACUUUCUUUAAAUUUAUGGAAUAUCGUGAUUAUCUGUAUUCACAGAACUUUAGUAAUACUCACGAGAUCCGAAGAAAAUUCUAAGAAUCAAUAUUGACGACUAAAAAAUGAUUUAAAAGAAGAACAACAUCACAUGUACGUGUCAAAUAUUCUCCAAGGGAAGACUGACUUGGAAUUUUAUAAGAAAGCCAUAUCGUCGUUUUUCUACGCAUUUCGCCGCAUCCUGCAUGUAUAUAUAGCAAUAUAUUAUACGUAUUAUACAUUGUAUACACACACGAUCGAGGGGAGAGAUACAUUUACGUACACACAUAUACACGCGCGCGCGCGCACGUCUAUGCACACAUACACAUUAGCCAAUUUAAAACACAAAGUAGCCAAUUAAUUCCAAUAGAGAGCGGUGGGAGAGAUUCCCGAGGAUUGGAAUCGCGGGUACCGUGAAAGCGGGAGAGCGAAGGGGUGGGGAGGGUGAUAUAAUUAAUUAGCUAUUAAGUAAACGCGAGCGUCGAACAGACCGGGCCAGUCCUUUUUUUUCUUAGAUUUUACACACGUGUACAGGUCGCGCUGGCCAUUUUAUGAUCGAACACGCGCGCGAAUGCUCGCGCGCGCGAGAGGGGAAAGUGCCAGGAGAGAGGGGAAGGAGAAUUCUUGUCCUGAUCAAGGAUCCUCCGACGGCGAGAGAUAUUCCUAAUAAUGUCAGGCUGAACCGAAUCGUCCUCGAAAGAAUAUUCCUCGAGAACGUUUCCUCGCAUUGACGAGAUUAUAGCUCCGUAUCGAAUAGUUUUCGACAGGAGAUUUUGCUCGAGGAUGCUGCGAGACGUAAAAGGAUAGCUCUGAAUCGGCAAGAUAUCCCUCGAGUGUCGCUGCGAAUAGAUUUGUCCUUGAGAGAAUAUCUUCCGAGGACGUCGUCUCGGUAACAAUAAAAUUAUUAUUCCGAAUUGAGUAAACCUUAACAGGAUAUUUCUCGAGGAUAUCUCGGGAAGGAUAGCUCCAGGAUCCGGUCGACCUCGAUGAGAUAUCUCUGGAUGAUAGCCACGCGAGAACACUUGCGAGAAAAUUAAUCCUCGGUAAGAUACAUCGUUCAAGGAUUUCCGAGGAUGUCCGAAGAUCAGCAGAGUGCAAAGUCCCCCUUCGAAUUGUAUCGUCUUUGACGAGAUUAUGUUUGCGGAUUUGUAUCCGCGGAGCGCGAGAUAUUCAAUCGAGGAUAUUCGCACGAUUUGUUCUCUCUCCGGUUGGCGAAAACUCGAAAACUUUUCCGGAAAAGAAAAUUCCGUGUUUUCCUCUGAUCUUCUCGGUUUGCCGAAGCGAGAACUAAAUCUCGUGCGAACGAAUCGAUCAUCCGCGAGCGUUCAGACGCGGCUCUCGAUAAAUCGGCAACAAAUCGGCUACGAAGAGGAACCAAAGGAAAGGAGAAGAGAGAAGAGAAGAUCGACGUGUCGAAGAAGAAGUCGUCGUCAUCGAUCCUUCUUGAUGAAGCGAUAAAGUAGUGUUAGCGACUGUAGGGAUAAAAGGUGGUACUAUCGGCACUUUUCCUCUCUAGCGUUAGCAUUGGUAAUGAAGCAUUUGAUUCCAAUGAGCGUAUUAGCGUAUUCGCUGGAAAUAGAGACUAAUAAGUCCUAGAUUGAAGUUGUCCUUCCUGAAAUAGAGAAGGAUAAGGUAGAUGAAAAUUCGGAUAGACGCGCGAUGAAUGAAAAUGCGGUAGGGACGGGAAGUGUGGGAAUGUUACGGCGGCGAGUCGCAAACGCGGAUGUUAAGAUCGUAAAUUCACAAGGAAAACGUAAAUGAUUGUGUUAACGGAAUAGAAUGAAGGUUUCUGAGCGCUUUUGUUGGUUUCCGAAAACUUUACAUUCGGGGGGAAAAUUAGCGGAGCAGAUAGGCAAAUUGUUUACAGAGUGAUUUCGAAAGAAUGAGUUGACGACUAUAGGAAUUCGACGAAAGAACUGAAGACGAAGGAUCGGAAGGAUUCCGAAAGAAACGUGUUAAAGGAUCGUCGUUAACGCUCAAGUUGUUUUCGAUGAAAAUUAGUCGUAGGAACGAUGAGGCUCGGAGCUUUUAACGACUCUUCUGCGUUUACCGCGACAACUCGCUGCCUCGAUAGGACGAAAGGAACUCGGGUCCUGUUCCUUCGUAACUGUUCCCGAUCCCACGUUCGCUCGUUCUCGUCUUUUAAGAUCGAGUUCUCGAACGACGGGACUCCUUGGAUCUCAGACUAGGAAAUAAAAAGAGGAGUACGUCCUUUCGAAGGCAUGCGCGAGCCACGUGUACUGAUGUUCAACGACCUUCCUCGUCGCUGGCCGAUCUCGAAAAAUCUCGAGAAUUUCCGCGUCGAGAAAACGAUUUUCAUCCAUCUCGGCGACGAUAAUUUUUCCUCAUUUACCUCGCGAACGCGAGUUUUUCCUCGCGCGAUUGUAGAAUCGCGAUUUUUUCCAAUAAACGCACUGCCGACUUAUCGUGUGAACGCGAUGAUAUCGAUACGGAAAAAUGAAAGCGGAAGAGAGAGUGAGAGAGAAAUAUAUGAGGUAAAGAAUUAAAUGAAUAGAUAGCUAGAGAAAUAUAAGAGAAUAAAACGGAAGAAUGAAAAUCGGGGAUCAAAGCCGGCGUAAUUUUUUUAGAUUCGGCGUGAAACGGACUGCAAACGCGGAAGUCUGAAUCCAUUGAUUUUACGUCUGGUCUAAGUCUCCGGUGAGAAAGAUCUACGCGGAGGAUCGAGACGGAAGAGAAUGAUGGGUCGUUUCUAUGUGUGAAUAAGUAUCGGUAUUAUUUUUUAUUACGUUGUAAGCGCCACUGCCGUACGACAGUAAUUGGACACGCGAAUCCGAGCGAUUCGAGCGAAUUUCGAUAAUCGACGGUCUUUUGUUCAAGUCUGUGAUUGGAUGCUAACAAUAAAAAGUUUUAAACACAUAAUCAUUUACAAUCGAUUUGAUUUUUCUAAAAUCUUCUAAAUCUUAAAUCUCUUCUUCAAAUGAUUGUUAAAAGAAUUGGGAUCCUAUAGUGGCAGUAAUUACCGACAUUUAGUUAAAAGCAAACAACUUUUAAUUGGUUUUACGGAAUUGCAAAAUUUUUUACUGAAUUAAAGUACGCACAAAAAUGUAGAGGACUAGGGUUGGUUUUACAUCCAAAACGAAAAAAAAAUUACAAAUUUGGGCAUAUACAGCUGCCACUGACGACAAUAUCAAGAGACACGGUAGUGUCUCGUGCCAAGUAUACGCGGAGCAAGACCGACCGUGACUCUUUUACGCGACGC